CUUCGGCGAGGGGCGCGGGCGACCGGGUAUCUGCACGCGCGUUGGCGGCGGCACCGAGGCCCGACUCCCGCCUGCGCGUCCGUCCGUCCCGCUGCACGUCCCCGGGCUCCUGCUGCACGACAUGACGAUGGCUGGUCUUCAAGAGCUGCGAUUCCCCGAAGAGAAGCCUCUGCUCCGCAGCCAGGAUGUCACUGAGCUGGAGAACUCUGACACCUUCCUCUCCGCUGUGGACACAGACUGGAAGGAGCACGAUAUCGAGACGCCAUAUGGCCUACUGCACGUGGUGAUCCGGGGCUCCCCCAAGGGGAACCGCCCAGCCAUCCUCACCUACCACGAUGUGGGCCUCAACCACAAGCUGUGCUUCAACACCUUCUUCAACUUCGAGGACAUGCAGGAGAUCACCAAGCACUUUGUGGUGUGCCACGUGGACGCCCCCGGACAGCAGGUGGGGGCGUCACAGUUCCCUCAGGGGUACCAGUUCCCCUCCUUGGAGCAGCUGGCCGCCAUGCUCCCCAGCGUGGUUCAGCACUUUGGGUUCAAGUAUGUGAUUGGCAUCGGAGUGGGAGCCGGAGCCUAUGUGCUGGCCAAGUUUGCGCUCAUCUUCCCUGACCUGGUGGAGGGGCUGGUGCUAGUGAACAUUGAUCCCAACGGCAAAGGCUGGAUUGACUGGGCUGCCACCAAGCUCUCUGGCCUGACCAGCACCCUACCUGACACGGUGCUAUCCCACCUCUUCAGCCAGGAGGAGCUGGUGAAUAACACGGAGCUGGUGCAGAGCUACCGGCAGCAGAUCUCCAACGUGGUGAACCAGGCCAACCUGCAGCUCUUCUGGAACAUGUACAACAGCCGACGAGACCUGGACAUUAACCGGCCCGGGACGGUUCCCAAUGCCAAGACCCUCCGCUGCCCUGUGAUGCUGGUGGUUGGCGACAAUGCCCCUGCUGAGGAGGGGGUGGUUGAAUGCAACUCCAAACUGGACCCGACUUCCACGACCUUCCUGAAGAUGGCAGAUUCUGGGGGCCUUCCCCAAGUUACACAGCCAGGAAAGCUGACUGAGGCCUUCAAAUACUUCCUGCAAGGCAUGGGAUACAUGCCCUCUGCCAGCAUGACCCGUCUGGCACGCUCUCGCACCGCCUCCCUCACCAGCGCCAGCUCGGUGGAGGGCAGCCGCCCACAGGCCUGCACUCACUCGGAAAGCAGUGAGGGGCUGGGCCAGGUCAACCACACCAUGGAGGUGUCCUGCUGAAGCUCAUGGUCCUGCCCAAGAUGCCCACCUAGCGGGGUCCCCUGCCACCCCUGCGCCGGCUCAUUGUUCCUUUAGUUUCUUUUUGUGAGGGUAAAGGGGAGGAGAUGAAGGUUGUUUUUCUUUUUUUU